AAUAGUUUAAAAACUUAAAAUUAUAAAAUGUACACUAUAGUAAAAAAAGUGUUAUGUAUUUAGUAAGUACGGGGUUUUUUUUCUGAAUACCAUUAUAAUUUAUAACCAUAAGAAUAACUAAAAAAACCAAAUUUUUUAUACAUGAUGGCUGUAGCCCCCUCAAGAUUGUGUGCCAGUUGAACCACUAAUUACAACUAAAAUUUAAAUUUAAACAUUACCUACCUAUUUUUCAUUUACAUACCAUGUAUAUGUUUAUACAUAUGAGUUAUCGAAAGAAGAAAAAGCCCAGCUUGGUAAGUUCUCACACGAAACCAACACAGGUUAGUGGUUAGGUAGGUACAUCGUACAUAUAAAUAUAUAAUAAUAUGCAAGUUCCUACACGAACAAAAAUACACCGACGGGUAUAAUUAACUACUAGAAUUUAACUCAAGUUUUUAUUAUCUUCAUGCUAAUGUAUUCAAAAUAAUCUAAGUUUUAAAAAUGUUCAAACAAAUACAUAAAUAAAAAAAAUGUGGUCAAGUGGGUACCAGUCUACUGUAUAGUUGGUCACUAUUAUUUGUGUUUUCCAAUGAUAGGUAUCUAUCAUUGUGUACGAAAAACGAUUCUAAACGGAAAUAAUUUGACAGCCUAGGAUAUAUUUUCCAGUGGAUGGUGUCGAUGGUGAAAAACGUUUUUAUCAAAAUAUAUGUUUUAAUGACCCGAAUACCCCAAAAUUUAAGUUCUUUUAUAAUAUUAUUGUAAGCCAAACGUAUGGAAAAUCUUGUAUUACAUUUUCAACUCUUAGCUACAAAAUUUUUUAUGAAUUAUAACUACAAAUAUUCAUGAUUUUAACGAACUAUUGUAAAUAUUUGAAAUUCAAACGCCGCAAUAAAUAUAAAUUGUGCUUAUAAUAUGUAUCCUUAUAGUUUUUGAAUCACUACAAGAGACUAACUUAUGAGGAACUUUGUAAAUUGUCAAGUAUUUUGACUCAAACCAAAUAUUUUUUAUCGAUAUUUACAAAAAAAAAAAUAAAUAAACAAAAACAAAUAUUUCAAAUGCCUAUAAACAGGGCCGUCUUAAGUUUUUCAAGGGCACACGGAGCUUAAGGGGCCCUUUUAGUAGGCCUACCCAAGUUGAAUAAAUACAUCAAGUUAUUUAAUAUGAUUACAUUAUCAAUUAAAAACUAUUUUACAGAAUUUAGAAUUAUUUUUUUAUAGAUGGUCGUAUUAAAUAUUAAUACACGUUACAGCUUACAAUUUAAAAUUUUAGUUUCGAUUAUUCCGUAUUCUGGGCCCCCAGGGCAUGUGCCCAUAGAGUAAAAACGGAACUGCCUAUAAAUAGCCUUCAAAUAAGCAAAAUACUUAGAAAAUCAAAUUAUUUAAAGAAAAUGCUUAUCUAAACAACUGGUGAAAGUUUUAAGUAUCUACUACUUACUUUUUGAAUAAUAAAAAAUAUUGAAAAUCUUUUGAAGAUAAAUCUUUAUCGUUUCGCAAUUUCGUAAAAAUGUAAAAUUCAAACGCUCAUAACAUUUUUUCCAUGAGACUUCAAGUUUUCUCUAUAGCUAUUUGAAGAAAAACUAAUGGAAAACUUAGUGUUGCAUUCUUUUACGUUAGAUAUAAAUACAGAAGAAUUUGUUGAAUUUUCAACUACAAAAUUACUUGCUAAGUUUUUUUGGGCACCCAAAAUAUUUUUAUUGACACUUCAAAAUAAAAAUGCUCUGAAAAAUCGAAAAUGACUUCAGUUGUCUACAAAUGAUUAAAAAAAAAGACAAAAUAUAUUUAAAAUUUAACUGUAUAUAGAUAACAUUAAUACAAACAUAUGGUGAAAAUUUCAAGUAUUUACAGUGAUUAGUUUUUGAAUUACAACUAUAUAAAAAUCAAUUUUGUCGAAAAUUGGUUUUACUUAAAAAUUCCCGUUUUUCUGUCACUAAUUUGUAGUUUUUCCAGCUGCUUUGAAAGACUUUUGACGUCUAUAAUGCACCAAGAAUAUUCAAUUUACCGCCGGAAACCUCACUUAAAGUUUUAAAUUAAAGCAUUCUUUCUACAAGUUAUGGUGUAUACAAACAAACAAAAACACACAUCAUUAUUGUAUUCAAUACAUUUAUCCUGCAAGGGCGAAAUGAAGUAUGUGGUUGCCCGAGGGUUGAAAGUAUUGUGGGUGCCCUUAUACUUAAAUAAGAAGAUACAUUUUUUUACAUUUUAAAAUAUUAUAAAAUUAUGGGAUCCUGAAUUCGUGGGGGCCCUUGCGCUCCAGCCCACUCAGCCCUCCUCUAAAUCCGGCACUGCACUCAUCAGUUCUUACUUCUUUUAGAAUUUAAUAAUUAACGUAGAUUCAUUAAUUUUUUACCGAUUGUUUAUACACGCAUUACUUAUUCAUAACAUAACUAUUUAUUACAUUAUUUAUACGCCAUACAAUUUUACCAUAUAGGCAUUUUCUAUACAUCAUAGAUAUUAAAAUAUUUUGCUCUCUCACUAUUUAUAGGCAUUAAAAAAGUUUCUAACCUAAUUUUUUAUGGAAAAUCCAAAAAAAAGUUUAUUAAAUAUCUCACACGUCGCUCGUUUUUUUAACAAGUGAAUUUACUUUUUUUUAAAAUUUUUUUAAAUAAUUUUAAAUUGUAAAUUACACUUAUUAUCCAAAGUCAUGGAAGUAUUUGAAAUUGAAGGAUUUCGCAGUAAGAGUAAACUUUACCACACAAAUGACGGGUUUUUCUUCAAUGUUAAAUGUGCACGACAGAACUCUAAGUCUAUGAAAUGCAUACAGAAUGGUUGUCCUGCUACAGGUCUCAUGGUAGAAAAUUUGCUAUAUGUUAAAAAAGCCCAUAACCACCCAGAGGAUCCAAGUUUUUUGGCAUUGGUUUCAUUAAAGCAAAACAUUUUAUUGCGAUGUGCAAGAGAAAGCACUCCACAUCGAAUAAUUUUUGAUGAGGAGAUAUCAAAAACGGACGGUCUACACAAUGCAAGGCUCCAAUAUACAAGCUUUUUAAAGACCAUGGAACGUGCUAGAAAAGAUGCUCAACCCAAAAUACCUUUGACAAUGUUAGAGUAUGCUGGCUGUUUCAACGAUGAACGUUAUAGCUCUAUGUUCCAAACAUAUAAUGGUCAAAAUAUGUAUAGGGGCUAUAUCAAUGGCGGUCCAGAUGGUGGUGAAGCUGUUGUAUUUAUUUCGCCAGCACUGGAAAAUUUGUUAAUUUCUGCUCAAGAGCUUCACAUUGAUGCGACAUUUAAAAGUAGACCAGCACAACCAGCAAAUGAUCAGUUGUUGAUAAUAAUGGCAAUGUAUAUGGAUCAGGCAUUUCCGGUUGCAUAUAUAAUGAUGCGUAGAAAGACCGAAGCAGCAUAUCAGUCAAUUUUUGAAUAUUUACGUGAAAUGUGUGACAUCAGAGCAACAAAUAUUGUAACGGACUAUGAACUAGCAUUGACAAAUGCUCUAGGACGAGUAUUCAAUAAUGUUCACUUGCAGAAAUGUUGGUUUCAUAUGGUCCAAGCAUUAGAGAAAAAUGCAAGAGAAUUCGGGAUUCGGAGACAAGUAUACAGAAAUGAUACUUUUUUGCAUAUCAUGUUCCGUAUGUCCAAAGCCAUACCAUUGUUGCCACCCAACAUGGUUCCAGAAGGUUGGGAAAUAGUCAAAAGAAAAGCCAAUCAGUCUCCAAACCAAGAUGUUGCAAGACGGUAUGUAAGAUACUUUGAGACACACUGGAUGGAACGUGUUGGUGCUGCUAACUUCACUGUUUUCAAUAGCCCCAGAAGAACCAAUAAUGAUCAGGAAGUCUUCCAUAAACUUUUAAAUUCCUAUAUGGGUGGAAAUCGACCAGGAAUUUGGCACUUCACAAAAACAAUCCUAAAACUGGACAAACAUUUCAGUGAAAAAUUCCAUGUCCAACAAGAAAGACCCAUACUGAGACCGAGGCGUAGAGCAUAUGUGCAGCUUGACCGGAAUUUAUCGUUAGCCACUGAAAAACUACAGCAAGGUAGACUCAGUAUUGAAGAAUUCUUAGCCUAUACUGGACAUUUAGCUUAUGAUUCAGAACGUAGACGCAAUAAUAUAUCCUACGAAAUUCCUCAGAUUCCAGAACAUCCAGUGAAUAUUGCCAAUGACGAAGGUUUUAAUAGACAAAAUCAAUUGCAUGAAAUGAUUUUGGAACAACAAAACCGUACAAGACAGAUGGCAACACAACAGGAAAAUGCUCUCAAUAUUUUGAUUGACGAACGAGAUUUUGUUUUACCUGAAGAAGGUGAUCCAUUAUAUAUUGCCAUUGCGGAAAUAGAGGAACGAAGGCUAGAGAGAGACAGGGCAAACAUCCCUCAAGUUCCAAUCAACAUGGAUGCUGUCGAACCUAGGCCAGAAAAUUGCUGUGUGAUUUGUUUAACAAAUAUCAACAGCCACGCAUGCAUUCCUUGUGGGCACAAAUGCUUGUGUUUAGAUUGUUCGGUUGAUAUGAUUCAACAACGCUGUCCUAUUUGUAAUUUGGAAACAACAAAUAUCAUACGAAUAUUUUAAUAACUAUCUAAGUAUAAAAAAAAAAAUAGGUACCAAGAUAGUUUUGUAAUUUUCAUUUUAUAUUAUAUUAUUAUUAUUUAUUAUGUAAAUAUGCAUAAGUACUGCACAUAAUACCAUAUAUUUCAUUAUUUUAUUUUAUAUUUUAUUAUUUACUAGUUACAUUUAGUAUUUAAUCUGUUUUUAUUAUUUGUAUUAUUAUUAUUAUAAAGAUAAAUCCUCAGCAUCAGGGCUAUUGGGCAAUAUAUAUGUAUUAGGUACACCUACAUUACAACAUGUUAUAUUAUAUUAAUUGUUAUAAGUUAUAAAUUGUGUAAAUACUAAUGUACAUAAAAUCUAAAUUAGUUUUAACAGUCCAAUUUUUAACCUAAUUUAUAUACAUUAGGUAUCAGAAAUAAAUAUAAAAAAGGUGUUAGAAGAUUUAUUUUAAAGUAAUAUUUCAAGUAUAAUAAUUAAUAAUACAAAAUUAAUUUUGGUUCAUAUCUUGUAACUAAGGCCUAAAUUGUACCUAUAUAAUUAUUAUAUAUAUAUAGAUUAUUAGUACUAAUAAUAGUACCUACCU